UGGCAACAUGGCGACUGUCAUUCACAAUCCACUAAAAGCGUUCUUGAAUAUGACCCAGUGAGUAUGCAGAACCACGAGUAUAAACAUAAACAGCUUCAUCUGGAACCCCUCAGGAUGAUAAACAGAUAGAUGAUGUCCUGAUAAAAUCUCGGAGAUCAGUUCUAUAAGGAAGCCAUCGAGCACUGUCGCAGCUACAACGCCCGCCUUUGUGCUGACCGCAGCAUCCGAAUGCCGUUCCUGGACUCACAGACAGGCGUGGCUCAGAACAACUGCUACAUCUGGAUGGAGAAGCGACACAGAGGGCCAGGACUAGAUGCGGGUCAGAUGUACACCUACCCCGCCCGCUGUUGGAGAAAGAAGAGGCGACUGCAUCCACCAAUCGACCCUCAGCUCAGACUGUGUGAACUCAGGCUUGAAGCUGAGUUGAUGUCGAAGAGAGAGACUCCCCCGGCUGAGGCCACGGCCCUGGAGUCUCUGAUCAGAGGAGACGCUCUUCUGGACAAAAGGAACAACAGCUCCAAGGAAGAAGAAACUCUGCUGGAGAUUCAGAGGGUGCUGGAGGCUGAGGAACAUGGAGACGGUUUCCAUGACGAUGAUGAGUUGGAAGUGGACACGCGGAAGAGGAAGCAGAGAAGUAAAGGCAGGGGUCGAGGUUCGAGCCGUAAGAAGACAGAGACGGGGACUUGUGACGAUCAGGACAAACCCUACGUGUGUGACAACAGACACAAACAAAAAAGUGUUGACUCAGUUUGUGGCAAGCGUUAUAAGAAUCGGCCCGGACUGAGCUACCACUACACCCACACACACCUGGCUGAGGAAGAAGGAGAGGAGGAGAGAGAACCCGAGAUCCCUCAAUCACCAGCAGAACAUAAGACUCAAAACCACAAGUUGCAGAAGGGACCUGACAGUGGAGUCAUCGCUAAUGACUACUGUGACUUCUGUCUCGGGGACUCAGGCUCUAACAGGAAGACUGGCCAAGCCGAGGACCUGGUGUCAUGUUCGGACUGCGGACGCUCAGGUCAUCCAACUUGUCUCCAGUUCACAGAGAACAUGAUGCAUGCGGUCAGGACGUACCAGUGGCAAUGUAUCGAGUGUAAAUCCUGCAGCCUGUGUGGUACCUCAGAGAACGACGAUCAGCUCCUGUUCUGUGAUGACUGUGAUCGUGGAUAUCACAUGUACUGCCUCAAACCUCCCAUGACUCAGCCACCUGAAGGAAGCUGGAGCUGCCAUCUUUGUUUGGACUUACUAAAGGACAAAGCGUCUGCUUUUGGAGAACUGUAAACAUUGUCAAAACACAGAACAUCAUCUCUACAUCGCACAACAUCACGCACAAACCCUGCAGAAGUCUACCUCACAACACUGGAGGAAACAAAAGAAGACAAAUGAAAGAGAAAAAGCACGAGAACGAAACCCUGCAGCAGGAGUCAGCACAUGUCAGCUUCAAAAGGAUCUUUCUAGCAAACAACAUCAAACUAAUAAGAUAUAAAAACUUUUAAAUGUAUUUUAAUGCACUUAAUUUUUUUAAAUAUAUUUAUAUUUUUAUAUAUUUAUAUAUCUGUUUAGCUUUAUACUCCACCCCCUUUCUUUUUACAUAUAAAAAGCAA